AUGUUUCGGAGUAAAGCCGUGAAAAUCGGAGGGUUGCUAUUGGGAGGCUCAGCAGCAACACUUUGGGCGAUCGAUUUAACGAAUGAGAAACGCUUCAAGACGCAAUGUCAAUCCUAUUUCCGGACGGCGCACGCAGAUCGCCUCACAGAGCUGAACAAACGACCAUCGGGUGGACUGCCGACACGUGAGGAUCUUGUGAAUGGGCUGAAAAAAGAGGAAUUCGACAUUCUUGUGAUCGGCGGCGGUGCGUCGGGAGCCGGUGUCGCGCUUGACGCACAAACGAGAGGCCUAAAAACGGCUCUCGUUGAAUACGACGAUUUCUCGUCAGGUACCUCGUCGCGGAGCACGAAAUUGAUCCAUGGUGGAGUACGGUAUCUACAGGCUGCAAUUUUCGGCUUCGAUUUGGAGCAAUACCGAAUGGUGAAAGAGGCGCUGUUUGAGAGGGCAAAUUUGCUGGAAAUUGCUCCACAUCUCUCAUGUCCUUUACCGAUCAUGUUGCCCGUUUAUAACUGGUGGCAAGUUCCAUAUUAUUGGGUGGGCAUAAAAGCCUACGAUUUUGUGUCCGGGAAAAGAGUGCUGAAGAACUCCUUCUACAUCAAUAAAGAGAAAGCAAUGGAGAGAUUCCCAAUGCUGAAGAAAGACAAUCUCCGGGGUGCUUUAAUCUAUUAUGAUGGGCAGCACAACGAUGCGAGAAUGAAUUUGGCGAUCAUUUUGACGGCCAUUCGACAAGGAGCAAGAUGUGCAAAUCAUACAAAGGUCGAGCGUUUACUAAAAGACGAAAAUGGGAAAGUGAUUGGUGCGCGAGUAAGAGAUCAAGUGAAAGGAGACGAAUACGAUAUUAAGGCAAAAGCUGUGGUGAAUGCGACUGGCCCAUUCACGGAUACGAUUCGUUUGAUGGCCGAUCCGGAAACGGAACCGAUUUGUGCUCCGUCGGCCGGUGUGCAUAUUGUGUUGCCUGGGUAUUACAGUCCCUCAAACACUGGCCUCCUCGAUCCAGCCACUUCUGACGGCCGUGUGAUCUUCUUUUUGCCAUGGGAAAGGAUGACAAUUGCUGGUACAACCGAUGCCCGUUCCGAGCUCACCCACUCGCCAGCGCCAAAAGAUCAAGAUAUCGAGUUUAUCCUCAAUGAGAUUAGAGGAUAUUUGAGCAAAGAUGUCACAGUGAGACGUGGUGACGUGAUGUCAGCUUGGGCAGGCCUUCGUCCACUUGUCAAAGAUCCAAACAAAAAGGAUACAGCGAGUUUAGCGAGAAAUCACAUCAUUGAGAUCUCUAAAUCGGGCCUGGUUACGAUUGCUGGCGGGAAAUGGACAACCUAUCGUCAUAUGGCUGAAGAGACAGUCGAUGCGGCGAUCAAGGCGCACAAUUUGAAGCCAACAAGCGGCUGUUGCACGCCGGGUCUCCGUCUUGAGGGUGCACACAAUUGGGAUCCCCUUCUCUACAUUCAUCUUGUGCAAGAUUACGGAAUGGAAGUUGAUGUAGCUCAACACCUCUCAAACACCUAUGGAGAUCGAGCUUUCGUCGUGGCUCGAAUGUGUAAAAUGACCGGGAAACGGUGGCCAAUUGUGGGCAAGAAGUUGCACGAAGAGUUUCCAUAUCUGGAUGCUGAGAUCCGAUACGCUUGCCGUGAGUACGCAGCAACGGCGAUUGACGUGAUUGCACGAAGACUUAGAUUGGCAUUUUUGAAUACAUAUGCAGCACAUGAAGUGCUACCAGAGGUUGUUCGCAUUAUGGCUGAAGAAUUGGGCUGGAAUUCGUCAGAACAACGGCGACAACUCGAAAUGGCCAGAACUUUCAUUGACAAAGAAAUGGGACAAGAAGCCAGGGCACAGGCUGUUUCGAAUGUGCCGCUAAACUUGACAAAAGAGGAGAUGCAACAAGCAAAAGAGCGCUUCAAUCAAUUGGAUAAGGAUCGAAAAGGCCACAUUACUGUCAAUGAUUUGAGGAGACAUUUCAGGGAAAGAAAUCAGAAAAUCGAUGAGCGUCUUUUGCACGAGCUUCUCAAUGAGGUCGAUUUGAAUAAGAAUGGAGAAUUGGAGAUCGCCGAGUUCUUCCAGCUCUACUCCGGUCUAAAGGGUGGUCAAGUCGUUCAAAAUCGUCUCGUUCGCUAUCUCGACGAGGCGAAUCUCGACGUUUCCGUGCAAAGAUCCGGUGGAGGAUUG